AGCCCGGCUCUGCUCGGCCCCUCGCUCAAACAAUGUCCUCCGGCCCGAGCAGCACAGACAGCCUCUGAUCGCAGCCCAGCCUCGGACCUAUUUCAGGGGAAAUUUACCCCAAAACCUCUCCACAAGGCCGUGGCCCUGAGCGCAUGCCCCAGGAAAAGCUAGGGAUGAGCACCUCCCUGAGCUACAAGUCGUUCUCCAAAGAGCAGCAAACUAUGGAUAACCUGGAGAAACAGCUGAUCUGCCCCAUCUGUUUGGAGAUGUUCACCAAGCCAGUGGUCAUCCUGCCCUGCCAGCACAAUCUCUGUCGGAAGUGCGCCAGUGACAUCUUCCAGGCCUCCAACCCCUACCUGCCGACCAGGGGAGGCACAACUGUGGCGUCGGGAGGCCGCUUCCGCUGUCCCUCCUGCCGGCACGAGGUGGUCCUGGACCGACACGGCGUCUACGGGCUGCAGAGGAACCUGCUGGUGGAGAACAUCAUCGACAUCUACAAGCAGGAGUCCACAAGACCUGAAAGGAAGUGUGACCAGCCAAUGUGCGAAGAGCACGAAGAUGAGAGAAUUAAUAUUUAUUGUUUGAACUGUGAAAUGCCCACCUGCUCCUUGUGCAAAAUCUUUGGUGCCCACAAAGACUGUCAGGUUGCUCCCCUCACAAAUGUUUACCAGCAACAGAAGUCUGAGCUGAGUGAUGGCAUUGCAGUCCUGGUGGGGAGCAAUGACAGAAUGCAAGGGAUUGUCACACAGCUGGAGGAGACCUGCAAGACGGUUGAGGAAUGCUGCAAACGACAGAAAGAACAGUUGUGUGAAAAAUUUGAUUAUCUCUAUUCUGUACUGGAAGAAAGAAAAAAUGAGAUGACACAAAUAAUCACUAGAACCCAAGAGGAGAAACUGGAGCAUGUCCGCUCCCUGAUGAAGAAGUAUGCGGAUCACUUGGAAGCUGUGUCAAAACUGGUUGAAUCAGGAAUCCAGUUCAUGGAAGAACCAGAAAUGGCUGUGUUUUUGCAGAAUGCCAAAACAUUGCUACAAAAAAUUACUGAAGCUUCUAAAGGAUUUCAAAUGGAAAAAAUAGAGGAUGGGUAUGAGAAUAUGAACCAAUUCACAGUGAACCUCAGUAGAGAAGAAAAAAUAAUACGAGAAAUUGAUUUUGACAGAGAGGAGGAGGGAGAAGAAGAAGAGGAGGAGACAGAGGAUGGCGAAGGCUUGGGCGAAGUCCACACAGAGUCAUCAGGAGAGGAGGAAGAGGAGGAAGAGGUGGAAGAGGAAGGGUCAGAGGGAGCACCACAAGCACCUCAGCAGGACCCUGAAGCACAGAGUGCAGGGGGAGAGCCCCCGGCUGAACCCACUCCAGCACCAGUGCUGGCUGCCCCAGCUGGUCAGGAUGUUGUUGUGACACCAAGUGGUUCUCAACAGACUCCCGAGUCUGACACUCAAGUGCCGGCCACAGCAGAAACCAUCGAUCCCUUGUUUUACCCUAGCUGGUAUAAGUCCCAGUCACGGCAACCAAGCAGUCCAAGCUCAAGCCCGGUGAGUGGGCUGGGGAAAGUAGGGACUCCUGUUUCUCUGGAAACAAGUGCAAAGAAGGCAGAAGCCCCGACAGCAGCAACAAUCGAGGAGAGUGCACCAGGGAGUGGUAAGGAAAGUAAUGCCACUGCAGCGACGUCCAAGCACAUGUAUACAAAUUCCACGUGGCCCAAAGAUACAAGGAACAGAGUUGAGGGAGCUGUGCAAGGAUUUGCACACUGCACCAGGUCCUGCUCCAGUGUCUGGUGACCAGCUCAUGAGCAGCACUCUGUAAAUCAAACCAUGGUAAUUUACAGCUUCUAGCUGCAUGUUUUAACAAAGCAAUUACCUGUUUGUGUGCAAUGAGAAGAGGUUAUGUGUGUGUCUGUGUGUGAGAGAGAGAGAAAGAAAAAGUGGGUAUUAAGGAUUUCAUGCUGUUUCCUUUAAGUCUGGAGAUAACUAUAUAGCAUACAUAAGCAGCUAUAUAGUCAACAAUUGUAUGACAAUAGAUAAACAAUCAUGUGCCAGGCAAAAAGUUAGGAGGAGUUCACAGAGAUCUUAUAAAAGGGGCAUUUAUCUUCUGCUAGAGGUUUCAGUCAGUGAUACUUGAAUUUGGUGGCUGACUUUCUUAACAAAAGCAACAUUUGACCACUAAAUUUCAGUGGUUAUUUUUCAAGUCAGGGUUUGAUUUCAGAAUAUUUGAGUGGAAUUAAAAACACAAGUACUUUAAAAUUAUCAAAUCUACUAUGACAUUUUCUUCUUAAGUAUAUUUGAAAUGAACUGGCAAAAAGUAAAUUCACAGUGAAAUUUAUUGGUGCUGUUUCCUCUUAUCGGUUACACUGAUGACCAGGCACCCUAAUCUCACAAUAGGUAGGAAAAUUCUGUACUAGGUUAAUUUUCUGGGAGCUUGCCUAAGUGUGGUCUGCACCUCUCAGUCUCAGCAACAAGAAAAGGAACAAAACUUGUGUUUGAUGUGGGCAGCUCUCUGAAAAACAACAGCAGCCUGGUACCCAGCUUCCUUCACUGGGUACCAGGAGCAAAAAGAGGCACAUAGGAAAGAUGUCAGUUCUUGCUGGCAUGUGAGUUUGGGGGUGCUGCAUCUUGAUAUUUUCCCAGAUCACAGGUGACACUGGCAUUUUGGAAGAAGGAGGAGGAUGUGGAGAAGAGUAGCUCAUGGUUCUGGUGAUGUGGGAGAAAGGAGCAAGGGAAACGGCUGAGGAUGGGAUUGCCAAUGGGCUGGAGACACAGCAAGAGAUAGGAAAGCGCAAGAAGCAGAAAUGUGCAGAAGAAUAGAAAAAGAGUAACCGAGUGAGGGUGAUGCCAUGAGAUGAUGCUGUGGUCAGAUUUAAGGACCUGAGCUGAGAUGUGUCUAUGUCACAAAGGAAAUGACUGCUGUCAAGGGGCAGUGAUCAUUUUCAAGUAUGUGAACUUCACCUUUGUAUUUUUCCUGCAUGUGAUUUUACUCAACCCACUCUGAAGUGCUAUACUCCCUUUCUUUUUAAACCCCAGCUGAUGUUCUUCACACCACUGUAUUUACUCCCUUCUUCUAAUUAAAGUAUAUAAUGGAAAA